AUGGGGAAUGCCUGCGCUUGCCCUGACACAGCAGAUGAGCUAGUCCUUGCAGAGAGCUCGGCCACAAAGAACCUUGCCAAAGCAGAGCUCGUCGAUGUAGUCGGGGACACGGCGGACAAGGGAGAGGCAGUAGACGAAGAUGUGGAAACUGCCGCAGGAUCCGAGUUUUCCUGCGAGCGCUUAUCCAGGUCGUUGUCCUCCGUUUCGCCGCUAAGUCUUGAGACGUCUACUCCGGACUUCAGCGGCAAAUGGAUCUGCUGCCGAGUGGAGGGCGACUGGGACGCAUACCUUCGGGAGCGAGGGACCUCUUGGAUGAUGCGCAAGCUGGCUGCCAGUGUCGGGUAUGGUGUUGGAAAGCACACCCAAACCAUCGUGCAAAAUUCCGACGAACUGGUCGUCGUCAACCUCGUGGUGUCGACCGGUGCGCCCAAGGAAGAGAGGUGCGUCAUCAAGGCAGAUGGCGACGAGCAGGAAGUUUUGGAUCCCGACGGGCUACUCUUCAGACAGAAGACCCGUUGGAUUGAGAAUGUACUUGUCUCCGAGCAAUUUCAGUCCGGUGCGCAUGUGUCCGCCGUUCCGGUGAUUCUCAAGCGCUUCAUGCAAGGUCAUGAAAUGUGCACAGAAAGGACGACUGCCAAGGGGGUGGUGGUCCGGCGCUUUUACAGCCGCGCUUGA